CAUUGCAUGGGCCACACUUUCAAAUUUGGGCUGUUUCGGAUAAUUGAGAAGCAAGACACAGUGGAAAAAUCGAAGCUUGGUAUCUCAAUGUCCUGGACAAGGCCCUUCCAAUUUCAAUGCUCUGUCUCAUUCCCAUUCUGGCUCUGGAACAAAACCCGCGUGUUACUCACUCACCAUUACCGUUACCAUCGUCAUUCAUCACUCUCUAACAACAUGGCCCAAGAAGGGGUUGUCUCGUUGCAGGAAUGGCAGGGUUGGGGCACCACCUCACCGCUCCCCACCAUGGUUGCGCAAAUCGUCGAGGAUUUGAAGGUUCUCGAAGAAGACCUGGAUGCCCACAUGAGCUUUGGCGGCAAUGGUGGAAAGCUUCAGGGGAAUUUCAGAGUUCAAGAGGAUAAGAAACACCGUGCAACGUAUCAGGCUUUGGGUGAUUCGGAGAAGAAGCUCCAAUUUUAUUCAGCCAGACAGAUAGCUUGUCGCAUACUAGGUAGCAGGGGUUACCUUUGUCAGAAGUGUUGGCUUCCCAUGGAGGAUUGUAUGUGUUCAAAAGUCACAUCCUGCACGCUCUACCCCGGAAUGAAGUUUUGGCUGUAUAUGCAUCCCAAGGAUUUCUUGAGACAGAACAACACUGGGAAAAUUUUGUGGCAGGGGGUUGGGGGUGAUGCGGCCACUUUGUGCAUUUUUUGCAUUCCUGAACACGAGGAAAUCAUGUGGAAUUCCUUUAAAAUGGCAGGAAAAAGUAACGUGUGGUGCCUUUAUCCCAACAAGAGUGUAGUUUUAAAGUCAGUUCAAAACGUGUUUGGUCAGGAAUCAGUUACAAGUGAUGAAGUUGCACCAUCAAAGUUGAAAGUAGAUACAGUCCAGCAUUUUAUUUUCAUUGAUGGGACAUGGAGCAAUUCAGCAGCAAUGUUUAGGCGCCUUCAGGAUAAAGCAAAGUUAGUUUGGGGAGACGAGGACCUUGCUUGCAUAUCCCUAAAUCCUGGUGCUUCUUCAAUGCAUAAACUUCGGCCACAGCCGUCUUGGGAUCGUACAUGCACAGCGGCAGCUGCUGCUGGCCUGCUCUCGGAGCUCCAAGUCCUUCCACAGUUUAGCUCCAUUGGAUUGGAUAAACAGGAAGAAGCAGUAGAACAUGCUCUAACAGUCCUAUUAGAUGCCCUCACAAAUAGGCGUCUUCGCAUGGGAAGGUCCAUAACCCGAAAAGUGAGGCAAACCAACAUCCGUUAGACAUCUAACCAAGUUUGUUCUGACAUUUACAACUUAUACAAUGAGCCUCUUGCAAUUUUUGGAUAUGAAGAAAUUCUCAACCCUGUACAUAUAGGCUCAGUGAAAAAUGAUGGCUUUCGAUUAUGUAGUCAGAAUUUUCCAAUUUCUUCACAAUUUCACAUUGACCUUAGUCUUAAAUUUCAGUCUGAAGAAUGAGUUAUUGAUUCUUCCUUCCAUUUUCAACAUUGGGAUGGAAGUGUACUUUAUUUAUUUUUGGAUGAAAAGAUAGAAGUGUACUUCCAAUGUAAUUUAGUAUUCCAGGGUAUGAAUCUAUCAUUACCUAUAGUUGAAUUGGUGGAAGAGAAUGGAAUGAAGAGGAAUGUGAGCACAAUGAUGUUAACUGUUAUGUUCCAUUGUUCGUUUUGAUAAAAUGAAGAUGAAAUAUAAUGGGAACUAAUGGAAUUUAUUCUUA